CAUUGUCAUCUGAAAAAGCUGCCCAAAUUGAAGGAUGUGAUGGUAACCAAUUGAUUAAAUAUUUUGCCAAGAGACAUGUGGAUGAGACAGAUUUUUAUUAUGAUUUUUGAACAAGAUGAUAGUGGUGCUUUAGUUAGUUUUUUUUUGGCGUGAUGGUAGGAUGAUGAGAGAUUAUCAUUACUUUGGAGAUUUGUUGGUUUUUGAUACAACUUAUAGAACUAAUAAAUAUGGAAUGAUAUGUGCUCCAUUUGUUGGGAUGAACCAUCAUGGUAACAAUGUCAUGUUUGGUAUGGGUUUUAUUCUUAAUGAGCGCACCGAGUCUUUUGAUUGGUUGUUUGAUACAUUUUUGCACUCAAUGGGGAGGAAAAGUCCCAUUACAAUUAUGACUGAUCAAGCACAAGCGAUUGCAGCGGGUAUAAGAAACAUUUUUCCUUCAACUGUUCAUCAUCGUUUAUGUGUAUGGCAUCUUGAACAAAAUUCUAAGAAACACAUUGGAGCAUUGAGAGCUUUGGAAGGCUUUACAGAUUUGUUUGGAUAUCUUUUGAAGUAUUGUGAAACUCCUGCUGAAUUUGAAUAUUUCUGGAAAAGGAUGUGUGAUAAAUACAAAUGUGAAAAUGAUGAUUGGUUAUGUGAUUUGUAUAAAAUAAAGGAAAUGUGGUGUCCUGCUUAUUCUAAGAAGUAUUGGUCUGGUGGUAUAUUGUCUUCUCAACGUAGUGAAACUACUAAUAAGUCAGUUUCACAACGUCUUAAUAAGACUCAAGGUUUAUGUGAUUUUUAUCAUGUUUUUCUUGAUGUCAUUUCUGAGUGGAGAAGUAAGGAAGGUGCAAGAGAUUACAAUACUCUGAGGGGUAAUAGGCACCUAGCUUUUGCUAAUAUUGGUAUAUUAGAUCAUGCAAGAUCAUUGUACACUAUUCAAGCUUAUGUUCUUUUUGAAGAGGAGUUCAUUAGGGGGACAGCUUAUGAUCAUGUUGAUAAUGGUUUGCGUUUUCCAGAAUAUUCAUAUCUUCUUUGGAGGCCUGGGAAGGAUAUAAUUAAGCAUGAAGUUGUUUUUAAUAAGGAAACACAUGCAAUUUGUUGCACAUGCAUGUACUUUAGUGAGACUGGUUUACUUUGUUCUCAUUCUCUUCGAGUAUAUCAUUUGCAUUGUGUGCGUAAUAUUCCACAAGAGUAUAUAAUGAAACGAUGGACAAAGGCUGCCAUGUGUAGUCAUGGUAUUGAAGAACCUACUUUGAGGACAAAUGUUGUGGCUACUAGUGUUUGGAGGUCACAAACAAUCAGAAAGUUUGUUAAGUUGAUAACAAGUUGUCAGAAUUCUUUGAAUGCAAGGGCAGAGGUUGAGUGUUAUUUCAAUCUGUUAAAAGAAAAGGUUGAGAGUGUAUCAGGUGUAAUUGACUUUAGUGAACCUGUUAAAGAGGUUGAAAUUGUUGAUCUUGAGAUCAAGAAUCCUCCAAAAGCUAGGCCUAAAGGUGAGAGGAAUGUAAGGCCUAAGAGUACCUUGGAGAAGCAGUGUAACAAGGCAAAGGGUAAUUUCAAGAGGAAAAAGUCUCUGUACACUCCUUACAAAAGGGGUAUAGGGCAAGCAGUUGUACAGGAACUUGAUGAGAACGGUUGUGCUGUUACUUAUGCUAAUUCUAUUAGUGAUCCCAUUGAAUUGAUUGUUUUGAGCAAUAAACGGGCUCAGGUCGGCUUAAAAUCAGCUGUUGUAGAAGAAAUUCCUUCUAGUUCUAAGGAAUCAAAUCAUAGUAUUUCCAAUGAUUUUGAUCAGGCUACUGGUGAAAGCUCUCUUUCAUCUAUCAUAUCUAUUGAUGUUGAUAUUUCAUCUAUUGCUAAGGCGAAGGAUUUAAAUCUUGAAGGUGUUUCUGCUGUUCAACCUUGUUCUAAUUUUGGUGCAAAUAAAGGUGCUUCUGGUGUUAAAACUUACUCUCAAAUUAAUCCAAGAGUUCCAAUUCAUACUAGUGCGUCAACAAAAUCUCCUGUUGUUAUUCAACCUACUGUUCCCAGGAAUGUUCAAAAUCAAACUCAGAAUUGUUCAAACACCAAUCCAGAAAUGAUCAUAUCCAACUCCAGGAAUGUUCAAUCAACAAAUGUUCAAGUUAUUUCUCCUACGGUUCAAAUAAAUGAUCAAGGAUUUCCUGUUCAGAAUGUUCAAGUUACUCCUCCCACAGUUCAAAGAAAUGAUCAAGGUGCUCGUGUUCCAAUUCUUCAAUCAAGAAAUGUUCAAUUAGGUUCUAAAAAGAUUUCUUCUAAAUAUGAUAAGUUGUUAGCCUUUUUUGAUACAAGUGUAGCUAAACGUUUGGCUAAUAAAGAUAAAUAAUUAGUAUUCCAGAACUUUAUAAA